GGGCUUUGAAUAUUUUGCACCAUUGAAAAUGAAGUUCAGACACAGAUAUGAACGUUACUAGGACAGUAGGGAACUUAAAAAAAAACACCGUACGACCUGUGGUUGGAUCUCAGUUUAUUGGAUGACCUUAGGCUAUUCAGCGAAUAGAAAACCCACGCGUUUCAAUUCGUGGCGCGUUUUCUGGUUAUUACGCGAUAUGUUUUCCUUCGGUUUUUCAAACCAUCCUUGUGGUUCGCCAUGCUUAUUCAUCAGAAUUGUGGUCAUUCUUACAGUGUCCUUCUCUGUUGCUUUAUCGGAAGACUUGAAGCCGAAGAGAAAAAGUGGUGAUACUCGUGUAUCAAUAACUCCAGACAAAAAGGAAAUCAAAAACCAUAUAGAGCAAUUCGAUGAUCCGGAAACUGUCGAAAAAUUCCUACGUGAUCUUCUUAAUCCAGAUCUAUUGUUCCCUCAAAUUCCAAAGGAUAAGGAAGAUGUAAACGUUGAGUCAGAAUCACAAGAUGAUCCACUUGAUUCAAAUAUGAAGGAUGAAAACCAAGAAUCGACAGAUGAGUCUCAACAUGAUUCAACUGCGAACGAUUUUCCGGGCUCCCAAAGCAUCCCAUCGACUAAUGAUGAAAACACAAUGAAAAGCAUUCAUUCACCACCUGAUGAGCAUGAAGAUUCGGAACAAAGUGUUGCUCAGCGUUUGUAUGACGAAGCUAUGAGUAUUUUGGAGACAGAAAAUCACAAGACAUCUGCUGAUAAAACUGCACUAGAACUCUUGAACGAAGCUUCCAGACAGGGUCAUACAAAGGCAAGGGAACAAGUGGCUAUGCUGACAUUGCUUGGAGGUUACACUGCAGAUCCUUUUAAAAGCGCAUAUUCUGCGUUCGAAGAGCUGUCUAAUGAAGGCAACCCUCGCGGUCAGUUUGGCCUGGGAUUUUUGUAUGCGUCUGGAUUACACGUUAAUGCAAGUAUUCCACAUGCAUUGAUAUAUUUAACAUUUUCGGCUCUUGGAGGAGAUAAUUUUGCUGAUAUGGCUUUGGGCUAUCGUUACUGGACUGGUGUUGGUGUUGAAGAAGAUUGUGAAGCAGCACUAACACAUUAUCAUCGUGUGGCUCAAGUCGUAUUUAAAGAAGUUUCCGAACGCUCUGAAUCUGGUGGUCCAACUCUUCUUGGACCUAUGGUUAGACGUGCUCGUCUUUUAGACGAAAUAGAUGCAAUGGGUAGUUUAGAUGGUGGUGAUCUUACAAUCAGUGAGGAUCUGUUCCAAUAUUAUCAGUUUAUGGCUUACAAAAAGAAUGUUAGUGCUAUGGUUGGAUUGGGUCAGUUGUAUUAUUAUGGUAGACAUGGUGUUGAAAUGAAUCAUGAAAAAGCUUUUUAUUACUUUAAUCUGGCUGCUGAAUCUGGAAGCGCCAUAGCCAUGGCUUAUUUAGGCGAGAUGUACAUGGUCGGUAGCACAGCUGUACCUGCCGAUUCGACGAAAGCCUUGAAAUAUUUACGUAAAUCAGCCGAGGAGAAUAAUCCAAUAGGGCAAACAGGUUUGGCGUUGGCCUACUUAUAUGGUCGAGCCGGUUUACCGGUUAAACCAGUUAUCGCAAUGGAGUUAUUUCUGAAAGCUGCAGAUCAAGGUUGGCCUGAAGCUCAAUUACAUCUUGGUCGUCUAUUCUUAGGUACUCAUGGAAUAAAAACUGAUUACAAAUCAGCUUUGAAGUAUUUCACUAUGGCGUCACAACAGGGUAAUGUAAUGGCUUUCUAUCAUCUAGCUGAGAUGCAUGCCAAAGGUACAGGAGUAUUACGAUCCUGUAGCACCGCAGCCGAACUUUUUAAAAAUGUAGCUGAACGUGGUCGUUGGUCGAAAAUGUUCAUGUCUGCUUAUUCUGCUUUUCGCAAUCGUCGUUAUCAUGAAGCAUUCAUUACAUACCAACUAUUAGCAGAACUCGGUUACGAAGUGGCUCAAAGUAAUGUAGCUUUCAUCCUAGAAGAAGGCAAGUAUUUUCUAUGUAUGUAUUUUAUAACUGAUGAUUCAACUUUUUAUUUUAGUUUCUAUACGAACAACCUGUGAUUUCAUUAGUCUAAAGCUGUUUAAAGUGUUUUGGUAGGCUCAACGGUUAAUGUGUUUUACUUUCAACCACUAAGUCACAGGUUCGAUAUCCACUUCGUCUACUUUGGUUUAGGCGACUGAGUAAUAUCACUGGUCCUUGCACCUAAAGUAUGCCUGAAAGCGAGGUUUAUAAAUUUGUACCUGAUAAAUGAGUUGAGUAAAUAAAAUACAUUAAAGAUCAUACAAAAAUGUUUCCAACAAUUCAUGGAAUUUGUUAUUGCUCAUAGAGAUUUGUGUUCUUCUGUUGUUAAUAUUCAGAACAAAAUCUGGUCAUUCACUGGCGCCGCGCGACGUCCGUGAAUUUAUAUGUUUAAAGCUAGGGGUAAUUAGUCCGAUUUUUGAUGUGAACGUAGACACUGAUGUGCUUCUUUGACAUCCAGCUGAAGAACCUCAUGUAGUGCGUAACGAGUUUUAUAAAUUCUACUAGCCACUACUCAAGAUAUGAUUGAAGAAAAUACUUUUGAUCUAUUGUCAAUGGCUUAUAUUCAAUAUUAAAUAGAAAUAAUACGUAUCUUUCUGUGUCAAUUUUUUUUGCAUUAGUAGAAAAAGCUACGGGAAUUCCAAAUAAUGAAAUUCACAAACGUGCGUUUACACAAUGGCAACGAUCUGCGACACAAGGUUCCACAAGUUCUCGUGUGAAGUUAGGUGAUUACUAUUAUUAUGGACUUGGUACUGAUGUUAGUUACCAGAAAGCUAUUCAACAUUAUCGAAUCGCUUCAGAUCUACAUCAUAAUGCACAAGCAAUGUUUAAUUUAGGUUAUAUGCAUGAACAAGGAUUAGGAUUGAAGCGAGUAAGUUAUCAUUUUUUGUUUGUUGUUUUGAUCUGGCUAUUAGUUUAUUCUUCUUGAUGUUGUUACAAGGAAGUGAAUCCGAUUGACUCAAUUUAGCCCUUUUUGGCCUAGAUGUGGUAUUAUAUUACAAGAUGUGUUCAUACAGUUAAUAUGACUGAAUGUUCAUUAAAUACUAAUUACAUCUAACUAAGGUCAUUUGACAUUGAAAGUACACAGAUAAACUCUGUUUAAGUUUUAGGACUGUUAAGUUUCUUACGGGAUUAUAACUGGACAGUUUAAACACCUAAUUUUGUUCUUGAGAUUGGUCGGUAUAUAACCUUCAAACGAACCUGUAAGUGAUUAUCAAGUUUCAUUAUUGAUAGUCCAUCUUUUCGAUGUCGCACUUUCUAACCUUUUCCAAGGUCGGGUCAGUCAGUUAUUACCGCCAUUAACCUUCACACAAUUAUAUUAGUUUAGAUCAUAGUACACAAAUGUAGUUUUAUUUAAAGAAGAAAUAUUUAUUGAUUCGCCAAAAAAGUGUGUCACUGUGUUUGAUAAAUUAAAUCAAACCUAAUAAAAAUUGAAUGUCGACUCUCUACAUUUCAACAACUUGCAACCUAAAUACUGCUGGAAAUAAGUUUUAUUACUUCGAUUUUUAUUGAUUUUUACUUCUUCUGAGGGUUACUCGUGCUCACGCAUUUAGUCCAUAGAUUUACUUAACACAUUUUUUGUUUAUCAAUAUUCAUCACCGAUUGAUGUCAGCUGUAAAUUAAUAAAAACCACGGAGCACACUAGACAGCUGUGUUUUCUUAUCUAUGGAGUUAAUCAGAGAUGGAUACCAACAACUCGACGGGGAAUAUAUCUCUGAGACCUCGAAUUCUUGGAAUGUCAUAGAAACCGUCGAUUCGCAACUCAGAGAUUCAAGUUUUACAAAUACAAGUCGUUUCGAAUAGAAUGUAACCACAACUGAAUGUCAAAAGCCAGCACGCACUUACGAGCGUGCUUGACUCUACACAUUACAAAUCCCUACUAAAACGUUAGAAUUAGUAGGUUAUGUUGCCGGAUUUCCAGCCUACUGUUACUAAUAAUAAUUGGUAACCUUAAUAGUAUUCUUUUUUGAUCUAUUUCAGGAUCUUUACUUAGCCAAAAGGUUUUACGACAUGGCCGCUGAAGCAUCGAUCGACGCACGAGUAGCUGUAUACCUAGCUCUUAUACGUCUUUCAUUUUAUUUCGUUAUGGAAUUUUUCGGUGAAUCAAGUUUCUUUCAAUAUCUUGGAAGUAUAUUUGGUAGUAGAUCAUUUACAGAUGAACAUGAGGUAGAUAGUGUAACAGAUUCGACAGAAACACCAACAAUAUCAUCUCAUCCUUCUGGACAUUUGAUAUCAACUAUGGAUUGGGAUUUUUAUGCAAUACCAUUUUUAACAGGCUUAUUAUUGUUGUUCUUUUUUUAUAUUAGACAUAGAAGGGUUUAAAAUUAUUAUUUCUGUGUGUAAUUUUUCUGUAAUGUAUUUAUAUAUAUGUAAUUUGGAGCAAUGAAUGAAGUCGGUAAACUUUGGAAUAUUUAUUUAUUCUUCAGAUUUUCCUGUUGUGUGAUAAAUUAAUUAUCUACUAUCUUUUCUUUUCACUGCCCUUCGUUGUCCUUCUUUGUCCCUCCACUAUCUUUGUUUUCAAUUUAUUUUUAGUUCUACUUUUGCUUUCUUUUUGUUUUGUAGACAUCAAUGUCUAUAGAUUGUAAAGUUCAUUCUUUCUUUACUACUACUAUUACCAACACAUACUGUAUUUGUGUGUGUGUGUGUGAUUAUACACUGGGUCGAACUUUCACGUUGCUAUUCUUUACAAAUAAAGAGGAACAUUGUUUCAUAAGUGUUUGUCGUUAUCUCUCUUUUUUUAUUUCAUAUAAUAUAUAUCUCAUCAAACGUAAAUGGCACACACAUACACACGGGCGUGUUGUAUUGGUUUCGUCAAAAUGAAGUUGUCUUAUUUUACAAUUGCUGCAUUCAGGAAGAUCUUUUAUGUCUGUAUGGUAAUAAACAUUAUUUUUCUCUAGUAUUUUUUUGAAACGACAAGCUUCCCUUUAGUGCUAAAUUUCCUGGAAUAAUUGUGUAGGCAAAACAGAAACAAAAUCUGUCUAGUUUUUUUAAAGUGUUAAAUAUUUGUCAUAUACACUAAAAUUGUGUAGUGUUGAUUUGAAAUAGUCUAUAUGAAACCCUGGACUUAAGUUUCAUGCUAUUUGGCACUCGUCACUAAGGUGUAAUUGUAAUCCGUGCUCCAUGGUAGAUUCAAUCCUGUGUCACUCAGCUUCGUAGUCAUAUAUAUUACCACUUUGCUAUUUGGGCCACGAUGGACUUCCUGUAGGACUGACAUGUAUUUAAAAUUGAUUGAGAUAGGUUAUUAGUCAAUGAUUAAUCAACUGUAAGGACUAAAACUAUAUCGGACAACUCUUCAAUUGACUUUGAUACCUUUACUUUUCAGCAAUCAUACAUUAACGUACCAAUUUGUCAUUAGAAAGGUAAUAAAAUAUAUGUGUGAACAGUAUUUCUAGGAUUCAUCUAUGAAUUUCUCAAGUUCGACUAUCAGUUUCAUAACUUUAAAGUCAGUGUUACAGUAAGGAGACCUACUUUGAUGAGUGUGGCUUAUUUUUCACUCAGUAUUAUUCAUAGGAGUGUGAAUCAUUUGUUAUUAUUAUUUUUACUAUUGGCUUUAUUCAAUAGUAUAUUUUUGGCACAAUAUAGAAUUCUCAGCACAAAGUAUUUCAACAAGUUUCCUUUCCUUAUUUCUUGAUUGAUCCUAGAGAUAAAUAUUGAGUGGUCGCCAGUUAGAUGUUAGUAGUUGAAGGUUCGAUAUCUGAUCAAUGUAUGUUCUUUUCGAUGCAUAUUGCCAACAACCAUAAUGUCUCUUAUUGGGUUCUUUUGUAACUUAUACAUCGAAAUAUCGUAAGCUUGCCACAAACGCACCUGAAUAGGUUAUGCGACUAAUGGGCAUAAUGAUGUGUUAAAACAAACAAGAAAACAGAUAACUUGUCGAAACAUCCAGAUGGUAGGAACAGGUAGCCCAGAUAUUCAAACAGGCCGCCUAGAAUUUAUAAUAUGACCCCAAACAUAUUUCACAUUGUAUAUAAGCAGGAUUGCCAAUAUCUCGAUUAUAUAACACUAUUAGGCAAUGAUCUUUGGGAUAUAUAUAUACAAUAUUCAAAUUUUAAUAUGGACUAAUUAAGUAAAUUAUGUAUAAUCCAUGAUAUUUGUAAUAUAACUGUCAGUCAAUUUGAAGAGUUUUAAAUUACCUCGUCGUUAUGUCUGAUUGAAAUUUCAUCAUACAUGGUUGGCAUAUAGGAAUUCAGUGUGGAUUGCCUCGACAUAGCCAUUAUGAUGUUGAAUUGAUCAGGUGCAGGUACAUCUAACUGAUGAUUCCCAAAGAGGACGAAACGUACAUCCUGGAUAUCACUGUUAGCCACGUUAUAUCUAUUUUAUGUCUAAUUGUUGUUCAUUUUAUGGAUAAAGUAUAUUAAAGACUUCAGCUUUACGUUCUUCCUUGCAUUAAGCAACACCAGUCUUGUUCCAUUGUAACAGCAAGUAACUGGGUUUUUCCGCAGGUAUAACAAGUAACCAUACUUGUUUUCCUGAAAAAGCUACAACAAUUUUUGUUUUUUAUUAUUCUCCAUGGGUUUUUACCCCUAUUUUUUUCACUGUUGCUGUUAUAGUUUAUUUGGCUUCAAAGUAGUGUCUGAAACAGUCUUCUUGCACGUGGGAGAUAUUAACAUUGUAGUAUGCAUAAUAAUACAAGGACAAAGUGCAUUAAAGUUGAUUUAAUCUCAAAGUAUACAUCAAUGGAAUAAUUAAUUGAUCGUACAAAUUUGAUCAAAACAUUAAUGAAAUAAAAUGCGUCAAUUUAACAGGGA